UUCCUCGACCGUCGUCAGUACUCACUAGUCACUCCUCUAGUCCUCUUCUCUGUGGCUUUGGGUUAGAAAGCAGCAAUCGCGCGCACAAAUGUUGCAGUCCAUACAUCUUCUCCCUCCAAAUUCCUUCCUGACUCCCUCUUAUCCUCUGCCAAAACCCUCUCUAUCUCCUCUCAUUUUCCUCCACAAACCCACUUCAACCCACUCUCUCUCCUCCAAUCUUCGCACACCAUGGCCGAUUUUCGCGACUUCCAUGGAAGAAGAAGGACCCAUCGAACUUUCCUCGGAUGUUCCCUCCAUUUUCGCCACAAAUGAUGACCCUACUCCUCUCCAAGUUUCCACCAGUGUUCUUCUUACUGGGGCUAUCUCUAUCUUUCUCUUUCGCUCCGUUCGUCGCAGAGCUAAACGAGCUAAGGACUUGAGAAUGAGAUCGUCUGGUGCGAAGAGUAUGAAAGAGGAGGCAUUGGACAGCUUAAAAGCAAUUGGAUCAGUCUCGAUUGAAUCUAAAACCCCAUCCCCUGUCCAGGCCUUCUUGGGAGCAAUCACUGCAGGUGUGAUUGCAGUCAUUCUGUAUAAAUUUACAACUACUAUUGAGGCAGCUCUUAAUCGGCAAACUCUUUCUGAUAGCUUCUCGGUUCGUCAAAUUACUGUCACAGUAAGGACUAUUAUCAACGGAAUAUGUUACCUUGCAACUUUCGUUUUCGGGCUCAAUUCUGUUGGCCUAUUCCUUUAUUCAGGGCAGCUCGCUCUCAACUCUUUUUCUGAAGACUCUGGAAAUAGUGAUGUGAAAAAUAAAGACGAGUUGGAGUCCCGUUCCCUUAAUAUGUCAUCAGAAAACUCUAGUACGGAAGAAAAUAAUGAUACUGAUCAAACUUCUUGAUAUAUGCUGUCAUAGAUUAGUAUAGUUUUCCUUUUAGUUUAUAGGAUCUUCAAUGUAUCAUGUACUUCUAUGUUGAUCAUUCUUUAGAUACAGCAUAAGCUGCACUAGGUGCAGUGUAGAUUUUGUAUGUAUGAAACUGGUUCAAUAUAUAACCAGCAAAAAGCUUAUAUUACGAAAAUGUUCUACUUUUCCUCUA